CCUGGGCUUGUUCGUCCAUUCUCGCUCCCCCUCUUCCACCCCGGGGCCCAGCCAUGUGGGCUCCUGCUUGCGGCUCUUUACGGAGCCAGGCAAAGGGAUUCAAUAACCAUGCGGCCGAAUUCCCCUCUAGCCGCUGGACGUGCAUGGGGUGUCGGAGGUGGGGGCACCACAGGGGGCAGGGGCAACUAAUACACCUCCCUCUUUAUCGCCCAUCCAUGGGUGGCGGGGACAAUUAACAGAUCCCCCUCUAUCCCCAUCAUAGGGGACAAUUAACUGACCCCUCUACCAUAGAGAGCAGGGGUAAUUAACAGACUCCUCUCUACCCCCCAUCCAUGUGGGGCAUGGGCAAUUAACAAGACCCCUCGGCCCCUCUGUCCCCCCCAUCAUAGAGGACAGGGGCAAUUAACAGAUAACCGCUUCCAUCCCCAUCAUGGGGGGGGGGUUACAAUUAACAGACUCCCUCUUCUCUGAGCAGAAGCAAAAUCAGCCCAUAGAGAAGAAAAACCCUCCCCCCGCCUCAGUGCCCUGCUCCCCACCAGGAGCCCCCAGUCCCGUCAGGGCCCGUGCGCUCCCCAGUAGCCGCAGGGACCUGGCCUUAGGGAUUCCCCCGCGGGCGGGGCGAGUUGCAGGGGGAUCUUGCUGCAGCUGGAGCAGCGCUGAGGCGCAAGCGGCGCUAUUUAAAGGGCUCCGGGGGGUAGGCGAGCCCCGCUCAGCGCCCUGCAAGAUGCUGCCAGUUACCAGCAACCGGGAGCCCCGCGCUCCCUUCAAGCAGCGGAAAUGCUUCGCUACCAGGAAACGCGAAGUGGCCGCGGUCCGCUCCAAGUUCCCCAGCAAACUCCCGGUGAUCCUGGAGCGGUACCCCAAGGAGAAGGUGCUGCCAGCAUUGGAUAGAACCAAGUUCCUGGUCCCUCAGGAGCUGACCAUGGGGCAGUUUGUGACCAUUAUCCGGAACAGGAUGGCCCUCAGCUCUACCCAGUCGUUCUACUUGCUGGUGGAUGGUAGCCGGAGCCUGGUCAGCAUGUCACUCACCAUGACUGAGGUGUACACACUAAACCGAGAUGAGGACGGGUUCCUCUACAUGACCUACGCCUCCCAGGAGAUGUUUGGCUAAGGCCACUGGUUGCCUUGGACUCCUGCUCUUCUGAGAGGAGCCAUUCUUGCCCAUUCUAAUGUUGCUGCUUGGUAAAUGGUGUCAUCCCACCCCCUCCGGUCAGAGUAGGAAUGAUAUUCCUAUCUGGCCAGUGGGGCAUCUACCCUGGUGUGCUGAGAUGCCAAGGAACCUGCCCAUUUCCUUCCUUCCCCAGGUGGGUGCCUGAGUAGACUUGCUUCAAAGGGAAAGAUCUGACUCCAGAGUGAGGGCCCCUUUAGCUCAGAGCAAGUGCUUUCACCCUGUGUCAUGCGGUGCCCAUGGGAUGGUCCUUUCUGUGUUGUGGGGAUAGUCACACCCACCAGUCUCUUGCACUGGUGCCAGUGUGAUUUCCCUCCCCCCCCCCCCCGUGAGACCAAUAGGACCCCAUUGCUUAAGGGGUGGUGUUGUAGGACACUGCUCAGUGCUGGCUCUGAGUUCCUGCUGCACCACCUGGGUCUGCUAAAGCCCAGCCUGUUCCCUCUGACCUUGGGAUAGAACUCGCAUGGUAGUAGCUUUUGGAAUAAGAGGAAGUAAACUUAUCUUCCAGCAACUUUCCUAGCCCCAAUGCUGACCCACCGGAGACCCCUCACCUCCCUGAACAGGGGUGAACCUCCUCCUCGAGGGCAGCCCUAGCUGUGGGGUAGACUGGUUCUCUUGUAAGGGAGGUUGAGUGGUGCAGGAGGGAAGGUAAUCCUGCACAUGGAAUAAGCACGGUCUGUCCUUUAGACUGCACAUGUGUUCUCUUUAGAAGCAUAUCCUGUAACCACUAGUUAACCGUUAAACAUGUUUCUGUAAAUGCUUGUCUGUGUGAAAUGGGACUGGCAAUCCAAUCCAGCAUGGCUAAGCCACUGCAGUUGCUGAGAGUAAUGACUGCACUGAGAGCCACCCUGCCAGGUGCAAGCACCUCAUGCCACCAGUCAGUAGAAAGGCCUGAGGGGAGUGCACUAGUUACAACUGUAUUUAGAGCACAUGGUCCCUUGGGCCUGUUAUCUUGGUGCAAAUAAUCUGUCCUGGAUGGGAGGUUCUGUGCUGUGGUAACCCUAUCCUGGACCCACAACUGCUUAGCAGGCCCCAGUCUGAGCAUUGUUUAGCUGGUGCGGUGUACUUUCCUCUCCAGUACUGCUGGGUUAGUAAAAGCUCCUGGACGCCG